CCUCCUCCUCGCAACACACACCUUCCCAUCAUGUCUGCCAGUCCAUCUCCCUCCGCUGGUGGCGACACCAAACCCUCCGACCAGAUUCACUUCCGUUUCUGCCGCGAGUGCUCUAACCUUCUCUACCCCAAAGAGGACCGCGAAACCAACACUCUCAAAUUCACCUGCCGCACCUGUCACGUCGGCGAAGACGCGACCUCCUACUGCGUCUACCAGAACAAGCUGAACAGCCAGGUUGGCGACACCGCCGGUGUCACUACGGACGUCGGUUCCGACCCCACGCUUCCACGCGCAAACAAGCUCUGCCCGAGCUGCGGUGAGAACGAAGCGGUCUUCUUCCAGUCUCAACAGCGUUCCGCUGAAACAGGAAUGAAACUCUACUACGUAUGCUGUGCAUGCGGUAACGUCUACAUGUGA